GAGCCAAUUUGACGGAAGGAGCGGCGCGGCGGUGGCGGAGGAGAAUGGAGGCGGUGGUGUUCGUCUUCUCUCUCCUUGACUGUUGUGCGCUUAUCUUCCUCUCAGUGUACUUCAUAAUUACAUUGUCUGAUUUAGAAUGUGAUUACAUUAAUGCUAGAUCAUGUUGCUCGAAAUUAAACAAGUGGGUAAUUCCAGAAUUGGUUGGCCAUACUAUUGUCACUGUGUUAAUGCUCAUUUCAUUGCACUGGUUCAUCUUCCUUCUCAACUUGCCUGUUGCCACUUGGAAUAUAUAUCGGUUCAUUAUGGUGCCAAGUGGUAACAUGGGAGUGUUUGAUCCAACAGAAAUACACAAUCGAGGGCAGCUGAAGUCACACAUGAAAGAAGCCAUGAUCAAGCUUGGCUUCCACCUGCUCUGUUUCUUCAUGUAUCUUUAUAGUAUGAUUUUAGCUUUGAUAAAUGACUGAAGCUGGAGAAGCCGUAGUUGAAGUCAGCCUACACUACAGUGCACAGUUGAGGAGCCAGAGACGACUUAAAUCAUCCUUAGAACCAUGACCAUAGCAGUAUAUUUUUUCCUCUUUGAACAAAAAAUAUUUUUGCUGUAUUUUUACCAUAUAAAGUAUUUAAAAAACAUGAAUUGAGUUUUUGUAGCUUUCUGGUUCUCAACUUUAGCCUGAACCCCCAACAUGUGAAGGUGUUUUUCAUCAUCUGUAUGUUGAAGAUAGUUAUUUGUAUGUAGGAACAGGACUGUCAUUCCAGCCUUGCAUGCCAAAGAAACAGAGGACACGCUUUAAAGGGAAAAUGUAAUAGAUGAGCAAAGUGGCUCUUCAGGUCUACUGAAAAGUCAGAGUACAAAGCAAUACUGUUAGUCUGGGCAAAGGAAGAAAGAAACUAAGCUACCCUUUUGUCUAUAUUGCGGCAGCUUCCUGUAUUUAAUAUGGUUUACAGAUUUAUGGGACUGUAAGCCAAAUGUUUUUUCACAAGAAUGUUAACAGAAAAUGAUGUUUCAAAAAAUAUAUAUUUCUUUGCUGAAUUUGUGAACCCUUAUAAGCCAUUACACGUAUGAUGUAAUUCCUGCUUAUAGAAAGGAAAAUAAACCAAAAAAGCAAAACUUUA